UUCAAUCACACAAAUCAGGCACCAUCCAUGAUUCCCUCUAGCCCGCUUCCGGCGAAUCUGUACCUCACAAGAGAGAGCACCAAGUCUGUUGUGACAGGACAGACCGAUCAAAGACACGCUUAUGCAUGAGAGCUAAUGAGGCAUCAUCCGCCCGGUGUGGUCACGUCCGCCAUUGACCUCUCCGCCUCGUUCACAGUCACAGAAAACCCGACACCACGCGUCACCGUGUCAAAAAUUCCCUGCACGAAAUGAAAGUCUGUAAAACACGUCCUGGAAGGCCACGAUGCAGACACCAGCCUCCGCGUGUGCCUCGGCGGCGAUCCCCCCCCUCCCCUUGGCUAUGCUGGAAGGGCUCAAAUGCAGGCUUCGAUCGCGGCCUAUGCCGGAUCCGGGCCACCGUGCGACUGCCUCGCUGCAUCGUACCUACACUACUCUGCUUCGAGAGCAUAUCGCGAUGACGGACCGGUGGUGUCUCCGAAGUGUGUAUAAGCAAAGCCAUAAACCUUCCCAGAGACGUACCGUGAUUUCUGGACCAGCAAAGAACACGAUGCCCGUCCACCGGAACUCGGCCCGUCGUCGUUUGCUUCAGGCCUCAUCACGCGUAUCAGGAGGGGACAAAACACCGGCAUGUCUUUCCGCGAUGACCUCUGGAGAAGCAACCUCGGUGCCGUUGACUGUUCUGGUGCCGAAUGUGCGGCUUCUCGCGCUGCGAGCUCCAAUGGCACGCCAGGGAGGGCGGUUGCCCCGAGUACUCGAGUACUGCCCUGUCUCAUAUAGGUACGUGCCUCCGGCAAGGGACGGCGACGACGUUUAUUGCUACGUGCGUUCUCCCCGAGAACCAUGGCCUUCGCGAAAAGCAUUUCGGGAGGGGGGUUUCAAUGGUGUCUUGGUCAAAGCCGGAAAUCGGGGUCUGCGCCGCGUGCUCUGGCGGGGGUAGUCUAUACCGAAGUCGCCAUUGUAAUUAGGUGUUUCAUACCUGCGCGUAUGUCGGCUUCGUAACUUGCUGUAGGGGGGAACGGACCCUUCUACAAGACGAACUGUAAGCACGACGGUGAGCUUACGACGAAGUAAGUGAUUGGCACUCUGUACCCGCUUAUGCAGUAGUUGGAUGUGUGCUGACACUAAAGCUCAUAGCCGCCUGGGUAGGUAGGCAAGGCAAUAAGCCGUCCUGAAGAAAAACCAAGUUUGGUCAAUAAGUCACUUGGCGCGGUUAGA